UUAGCUGUGUGCCCAGGAGAAAAAGAGAAACAAUCCUGUCACACUGAGGGAACACCAUAAUUUGAGGGUUGGAUGUAGGAAGAAGGACCUGCAAGAGGCAGGAAAGAGCCUUUAAGAGAGAAUCAAGAGAAAAUGAUGUCUAGGAAAGAAAGGGAGAACACAGUUUGGCGAAUGGCUGUCAAGAGCAGUCCCGGACUAGAGGGAGGCGAGCAAGGCGCCGAGGUGCAAAACGGAAGCUCAGAGAGAGGCCUCCUUAAAUUUUGCACCCCAGGAGCCCUGCUUGCCUCACCUGAGUCCCAUUUCUGGCAAGGUCACCUGCUGCAGAGAAAGAAAUGGAGGAAGGCUGGGAAGAUGCCAGCGGAUUUGGCAGGCAGUCACUCCGGCAAGCAAAGUUUCCCAGGAAGAAAUGGAAUCUUCGGCAGUUGGACGGAUCUGAGCAGUGGACACACCAGCACCGCAGCUGCGAGCUGUCAUGGACCCUGAAGGCCUGGCACUCCUGCUGCCCCCUGCCACUCUGGCCACCCUGGUGGAUGGCUGGCUCCGAGAAGACUGCCCAAGCUUCAAUCAUGCAGGCUUGGUCACGGGGGCAGCCCCCUCGCAGGCAGCAUUGUGGGCCAAGUCCCCAGGGAUACUGGCUGGGAGGCCUUUCUUUGAUGCCAUCUUUGCCCACGUCAACUGCCAGGUCUCUUGGCUCUUCCCCGAGGGAUCAAAGCUGGUGCCUGUGGCCAAGGUGGCAGAGGUCCGGGGCCCUGCCAACUGCCUGCUGCUGGGGGAGCGGGUGGCCCUGAACAUGCUGGCCCGCUGCAGUGGAGUUGCCAGUGCUGCCGCUGCGGCUGUGGAAGCUGCCAGGGGAACCGGCUGGGCCGGGCACGUGGCGGGCACGAGGAAGACCACACCAGGCUUCCGGCUGGUGGAGAAGUAUGGGCUCCUAGUGGGCGGGGCCGCCUCCCACCGUUAUGACCUGGGAGGGCUGGUGAUGGUGAAGGACAACCACGUCAUGGCAGCUGGUGGUGUGGAAAAGGCGGUGCAAGGGGCCCGGCAGGCAGCCGAUUUUGCCCUGAAGGUGGAAGUGGAGUGCAGCAGCCUGCAGGAGGCUGUGGAGGCGGCCGAAGCAGGUGCGGACCUCGUCUUGCUGGACAACUUCAGGCCUGAGGAGCUGCACCGCACGGCGGCAGCACUGAAGGCCCGGUUCCCAGGUGUGGGCGUGGAGGCCAGCGGGGGCAUCACGCUGGGCAACCUUCCUCAGUUCUGUGGGCCCCACAUCGAUGUCAUCUCUUUGGGGAUGCUGACCCAGGCUGCCCCGGCCCUCGAUUUCUCCCUCAAGCUGUUUGCUGAAGGGGCCACUCCAGUGCCCUACACCCACCGGACCUAAAGCCAAAGAAGAUGACCCUGCCAGUGGGAUAACAUAGUUCCUUGGGACCCUCAAGGUUAUACGUGGCCAACAGGACAUUCUCGACAUUAGCCUGGGCGAAAGUCCAGGCUCUGCCACUCGCUGCUCAUGUGACCUCAAAGGGCUGGCUUCAUCUCUGCUCAUCUCAGUUUCCUAAUCUGUAAAAUUAGCCUAAUAAAUGAUCGACCUAAUGAA